AUGGGAGAUUCAGCCUCGAUGUUUUCGCAGACGUCGGCUAUGGCCAUUCCCAAUGCCUCGACUGAGUCUCAGCCGAUCAACAUUGCGUACCAGCGCAACAACAGUUCCGUUUUCCAGAAUCCAAGAAUGCGCAGGGAGAGCAUAGCCCACUCACAGGGAAUGGGAGGAAUCUCUUGGGGUUCCGUCACCAUCGGCUCCUGGCUCAAGGAGGAGGUGAUGCUCUUGAGCAACUACCAUAAUCAGGGCAAUGCACAGAGUAACGCUCAGCCAUUGCCCCAGAAUACCAUGGGUAAUCAAAACAGUCUGCGCAACCUUCUUUCCAUCAACGCCCACAACCAGCCCCAUGCCGCUGCAAUGAACCAGACCGCUUCAUCAUUUCUCGGAACUUCUUCGGGAAUGGGAAUGUCGCCUUCUUUUGGAAAUUCUGCAUAUCUGGCAAAUUUGGAGGCAAACUAUUGCAAGGACUACUCCUGUUGUGGCCAACUGCUGCCGACACUUCACGAUCUGCUAAGACACUAUGAGGAAACCCACAUCCAGCCCUCUCCACCACUAGAGACUCCUCGCGCGCGCCCCAUCAACCAUCCUAUGGAUACAGUUUCCACAAAUGAGGUGUUUCUCGCCCCUACUGGUGCUGACCAAAUGGAUCUGGGUGUCGGGCCUGCUCCUACGCACUCGCUGAACAACCAGCAAUCGCUUCAGAACAUUAACUCAGGCAUUCUAGGCCAACAGAGCGGUGGAUUUGGGUUUGGAACUGCGUCGCAUGGACUGCCGCAGCAGCGUAACCGCACGAUGUUCAGCCAGCAGCAGCAGAACUUCCAGAACCACCAGCAACAACAGCAGCAACAACAGCGGCAACAACAGCAACAGCGGCAACAACAACAGCAACAGCAUCAACAUCAGCACCAACUGCACCAACAACACCCCCAGCAGCAUGGUCACUCACAUCUCGCGCAUGCCCGCCAACACGGCGACAUGGACAUCGACAACUCCCCGCAGCAGCAUUUUGCCAUGGAUGAAGACGAGGAUGACGAAAUGUGUAUUGAUGAUCCGGCCCGCCAUCUGUAUGUCAACGAAAGAGGCGAAUAUCGUCCCUUCAAGUGUCCUGUCAUUGGUUGUGAGAAGACCUACAAGAACCAGAACGGCCUCAAGUACCACCGUCUGCAUGGCCAUCAGAACCAGACGCUCCAGGAGAAUGACGAUGGAACCUUUUCGAUUCUGGAUCCAGAAAGCAAUACGCCAUAUCCUGAUGGGGUUGGAAUGGAGAAGGAUAAGCCUUAUAGAUGUGAAGUUUGCGGAAAGCGCUAUAAGAAUCUCAAUGGUCUCAAGUAUCAUCGCGGUCAUUCUACUCACUAG